CCUCCCAUUGCCCGGCUGGUGCACAGGCCAGCGUACGUUGGCCUGGUACCCCCAGCACCCUCCCCCGAGCCAUGUGACACAGGACUGCUCUGGCUGCAGAAGGGACCGGGCCCCCCAUGGGGUCCUUCCAGGCCUGCUGGGACGUUGUCCUGGCUGUGGGGGGGUCUCCCAGCAACCUCGACCCCUACCCAACUGGGCCCAUGCCCACAGCCCUGGCCAGGCCCCCUGCGCCUGGCUCUGGACCCACAGAGUGAAACGGAACUGAGGGGUCAUCCAUUCUCACCCCCGCCAGGAUGCAUGUGAACCGCUCUCUGCCUGCCGGGCCCUGAUGGACACAAGGAGGUGGCAUGGGCCGCCCCCCGCUGCGCUGGCACCCUCCCCUGGGACUGGGAGCAGCGUGGCCACGGCCCCGCUGGCUCUGCCGGAGCACGGCGCUUACGCUGCAGCCCCAGCCCUUGCCGCGAAGCUGGGCUCUGGGCUCCAUGCCCGCCCUGGCACCCAGCCACCCGCAGAGCGAGGAGAAGCCGGGGGGAGAGGUGCAGAGCCCUGAGCGGGGGGCGCUGCCCUGGACACGGCUCCAUGCACUGCGGGAAGGACCAGGGUCCGACCCAGGGCCCCUGCUCCAUCACACCCACUGGCGCCCCCAUGGCGGUUGCUGGAUAAGCGCCCCCGGACCAGCCGCUGGGUGCAGGCUGUGGGGUCCCACCUGGCCGUGAUGCCUCUGCCCCUGGGCCGUCUCGCCUGCCUGUCCCUGCUGCUCCUGCUCCUGCCCGUGCAGGAGUCUCACCAGACAGCAGCCGACUUCCGCCUCUAUGUGGAGAACCACACACGGCACCUGGACGAGGUGAGCCGCCGGCACGUCCGCGUCUACCAGCUGUACAGCCGCAGCAGCAGUGGGCACCUGCAGGUCCUCGGCAAGCGGGUCCGUGCCAAUGGCGAGGAUGGCAACAAAUACGCGCUGCUGGCCGUGGAGAGCGACACCUUUGGGAGCCACGUUCGCAUCAAGGGCAAGGAGACGGGCUACUACGUCUGCAUGGACAGGAGAGGGAAGGUGCUGGGCAAGCUGGAUGGGCGGAGCCAGGGCUGUGUCUUCGUGGAAGAAGUCCUGGAGAACAACUUCACAGCCUUCAUGUCGGCCGGGCACCGGGACUGGUUCCUGGGCUUCACCCGCAAGGGGCGGGCACAGAGGGGGCCGCGCACCCACCGGACCCAGCGCGAAGGGCACUUCAUGAAGAGGCCCCCCAAGGGCACAGGGGGCGAGGGGCAGAGCCCAUUCCGCUUCACCGCCCUCACGCCUCGGACUAAGCGGGCCCUGGGGCCCUAGAGCCAGGGGCCCGUGCCCAGCCGGUGCCCCCAGGCCAUGCCCAGCUCAGAGCGGCGAGGAGACGGGCUCCCAGCAUGCAACGCUCCCCCCGCCAGGCUGGCUCAGACCCGCGGGGGCAGAACUCCCAGCAUGCAGUUCUGCUGCUCCGGCCACGCCAAGGAGGGGUGGGCUGCCAGCCAGGGGGGCGGGACACAGGCUCUGCCCCACAUGACAGCUGGCUUGCAGCAGUGCAUGCUGGGAUGUCGGUCCCAUGGGCUGGACACGGGAGAAGGAAAGGUUGUGGCCCCACAGCGCAGGGCAUGGGCUGGGCCGGGCGCUGCUGCCCCACAGCUUGUGACAGGCGGGUCACCCCACACGCCGCACAGGGAGCCGGGCACUGCCCCAUUGCCCGUGACAGGCAGGUCACCCCACACGCCGCACAGGGAGCUGGACGCUGCCCCACUGCCUGUGACAGGCAGGUCACCCCACACGCCGCACAGGGGCUGCCCCACAGAAGGGCUGGUUUCGUCCUGCCAGAGGGGCCGGCACAGAGCACCAGGCUGCUGUUAAUUAUUGUUACUAGAACUAGUUGAUGGGUUAAUUUAAUUAAAUAUUGCCAUGCUUAGCGUGGGUUUUAGGCCUGG